CUCUGCAACCUACAUGUCAACGAGCUCUACCAUCAGAAAGCCACAUCACAACCGCUGCGAAAACAAUGGAUCAGCUGCCACAAGAGUUAAUCGAUCGCAUAUGUGCACUGCUAGCACCCGAAGAUCUUAAGAGCACAGCCACUCUGUCCCACAGAAUCCAGUAUGCCUCAGAGAAGGCAUCUAGGGUUUGGGAGCAGAUUACUAUGAGCGAACAAGAUCUUGAAAUGUUCGUUGCUCGUUGUACGGAUUGGCGCUGGAGGUUUCUGCGUCACGUCGCAUUCCGUACACACAUUCCAGCGUAUGAAGAUGAUCCCGAACGAGAGCCGGAAAGCAAUCAUUGCCGCGAGUCAGAAGCAGAAUUGAACGAGAAAGACGUCCGGUUCACGCAACAGAUUAGGUCGUUGUUCGAGACGCUGAACAGAAUGGAAGCGAAGCGAGGUCCUGGAAAUUUUCGAUUGACAAUAUACACGCCCGUGAGAGCUACACUGGAAGAGACGUGUCCACAUCGCAAGUGUCCAAGCUGGCGACUUCAUUUACUCAACCCCGAAAAGCUCCCUUCUCUUUGCUCGAUCCAUACGAUCUACCUGGAAGACGAGAGGAUGAUUUACCCACUGGAAGAGCCCGAAUCGUUACUCAAAAUUGAUCUUCGCAUGUUGUUAGACCUAGCUGUGAAGCUGCCUAAGCUGCGACUACUAGGGUGCAAGAUCAACGCAGGUGGGGGCUGGACAACAAAUUGCCCAUCAGAAGCCACCAGGCAUUACACUAAGAAUUGGGUGGGUCCGAUCUGCGACAGCCGUGAUGGCUUUGCACAAGCUUUUGAGGACCUCAGCCUGCCCCAGACUUUGAGAAGCGCAGAUUUGAAUCUCAUGUGGCCUCUAUCCGAAGUUGAGAAUAUUGAUCAAACGAUGCCUCUUCCAAAUUUGCUCGGCGCUGCACACACCGAUAGAUUUUCCUCAAGCCUCAGCUUACUCUCCCAACGGCUGAGAAUGUUGCAGAUUCAAGUUAUAGCCGACGAAACCUUGUUUUGGCCAACUAAUGCUGGCGCAUCUUGGCCAUGCUUGGAGCGUCUUCACGUCGCACUCCAUAUCGCUACGCCCUCGGGAAGUUGGUAUUUCCAAGACCCAAGAGGCAGCGAGAACAUCCUCCCGGAACUAACCGAUGUUACAUCGUCAUCCUAUCCUCCGUUGGUUGAUACGCCAGACGACGAGCGUUGGGAUUACGAGACCAGUGACUAUGGACUGGAUCUGGACACCGUUACAAACAAAAAAUAUCGGGUCACCCCGGACGAGACGACAUUAAGGCCACUUCUUCUAUCGCUCGCAACGGCUGCUGCGCAUAUGCCCAAGCUGAAAGCAGCCUGUGUAUGGUUUCCGCUGCAAUGGGAUGCUGGAGAUGUUGAUGGAUACGAGGACUUUGAUCCUCGCUUGAAGCUAGAGUCAAUGUCUGGGUCUUCGCUAGACAGUACAGCCUGGGGCAUAGUGUAUUUAGGUCCGGGUGAAGAGGAUGGCCAUGAAUCCCCGGGGUUUCUAGCAUCCCCGGUGUAUCGAGCAGCUUCACCUGGAAUACGGCAAAUGGCUUGGGCAACAGGACCAUGGCGUCCAGAUGCUGAGCUUCACGGUUUGUUUGGCAGGAUUGGGGACGCGAGUAUUCCACUCGUUGAACAUUGGCCUAAAGAUAACAAUCGCCAAAUCCCCCAGAUUAUAAGCAUGUUUAGACGAUACGACAUAUUUUGCAUGUGA